GCAGGCAGAUAUAGUGAAGAGCAGCUAGUUGUUUGUUGUUUUGCAGUGUUGCGAGCCGCUGUGCUGUUUACACACUGAGUCAGGCGUUAUAACUUUUAGGAGAAUUUAAAGAAGAAUAUUUUCACUCUUAGAUUAACCUCGUGUCGCGUUUCUAAUCUGCUGCGUCGAGCUAAAAGAGCCCGGAAACGGCAAACAUGAAAUGGAUGUUCAAAGAGGAUCACUCCUUGGAACAUCGAUGCAUAGAGUCGGCCAAAAUCCGCAACAAGUACCCUGACAGGGUCCCGGUGAUUGUGGAGAAAGUGUCUGGAUCACAGAUAGUGGACAUCGACAAGAGGAAGUACCUGGUCCCCUCCGACAUCACAGUGGCUCAGUUCAUGUGGAUCAUCAGGAAACGCAUCCAGCUGCCGUCAGAGAAGGCCAUCUUCCUGUUUGUGGACAAGACGGUGCCUCAGUCCAGCAUCACGAUGGGGCAGCUGUAUGAGAAAGAGAAGGACGAGGACGGCUUUUUAUACGUGGCUUACAGCGGGGAGAACACCUUUGGUUUUUAAAGCGAGAAGCCACGGUCGUGACCGGCCUUGCCUGCGGCACGCCACGGCCACGCUGACGCCCACCCACAUCUAAUCACAGCCCCCGCUCGCCCCCGGAGAAACGGCGGGAAGCCCCGGAGCGACACGAACGUAACGGGAAGAUGAAAGACUGCUCACCUGACUGGAUGAACAUAAAUGAGUGCACCGGUGUGUUUGUUCUGGCCCAUGUUGCACCAGUUCUUCAAAGAUUCAUAGCUUCAGUUGUGUAUAGUGUGUUUCAUUUCAACUCUUAUUUAACGUUGUGAUCGGAGUGUUUUAGGAGGAACCUUGAUUUGUUCUGUUUUUUCACAUUUGAAAUGAUGCGUGAAUGAGUUUUGCUUUUAGUUGUGCUUUCCUCUUUGAAGACAAUAUUUAAAAGAACUUUUAAUUUAAGUAUUUGAAUUGAAUUAGGAUGACCUAACCAAUAAAAAGAUUAAAAUUCAA